GGCUAGCGAUCCUGUUUCCUAUCCUUCAAUGACGGAGGUGGCAGUGCCUCAGAGUCUGUCGCGCUGUGACCUGCGGUGGUCGUGGGAGUCGUAGGAAGGAUUCAGAGAGACCCAGGAAACCUAGAAAUGGACUCAGUGACCUUUGAGGAUGUGGCUGUGAGCUUCACCCUGGAGGAGUGGGCUUUACUGGAUCCUUCACAGAAGAAACUCUACAGAGAUGUGAUGCGGGAAACGUUGAGGAACCUGGCCUCAGUAGGAGAAAAAUGGGAAGAUCAUGACAUUGAAGAUCAGUACAAAAACCAGGGGAGAAAACUAAGAAGUCAUGUGGUAGAGAGACUCUGUGAAAGUAAAGAGGGUAGUCAAUGUGGAGAAAACUUCAGCCUUAUUCCAAAUCUCAAUCUGAACAAGAAAACUACUGGAGUGAAACCACGUGAAUGCAGUAUAUGUGGAAAAGUCUUUACGCGUCAUUCAUCCCUUAAGAGACACAUGAGUUGUCACACUGAACGUAAACCAUAUGAGUAUCAGAAACAUGGAGAGAAGCCAUAUAAAUGUAAGGAAUGUGGUAAAGCCUUUAGCUAUCUCCAGUUUUUGGAGACGCAUGAAAAAAAUCACAAUCGAGAGAAAAAAUAUAAGUGUAAGGAAUGUGGAAAAGCGUUCCAUUCCCGCGCAUCCUUUCAAACACAUGAAAGGAUUCACACAGGAGAAAAACCCUAUGAAUGUAAGGAAUGUGGGGAAGCUUUCAUGUGGAGCACAGCGUUUCGAAGACACAUGGUAACACACACUGGAGAUGCUCCAUAUACAUGUAAGGAAUGCGGGAAAGCUUUUAAUUGUUCCUCUUCAUUGCGAACACAUGAAACAACUCACAGUGAAGAGAAACCCUAUCAGUGUAAACAAUGUGGGAAAUUCCUUAGAUAUUAUCAUACUUUUCGAACACAUGAAAGGACUCAUACAGGAGAGAAACCCUAUGAAUGUAAGCAGUGUGGUAAAGCCUUUAGUUGUCCCAGUUCUUUUCGAAAACAUGAAAGAAUUCAUACUGGGGAAAAGCCUUAUGAAUGUAAGGAAUGUGGGAGAGCCUUCAGAGGUCUCUCAAGCCUUCGAGCACACAUGAUCACUCACACUGGAGAUGGACCUUAUAAAUGUAAGGAAUGUGAGAGAGCCUUCAUUUCUCCUAGUUCUUUUCGAAUACAUCAAAGGAUUCACACUGGAGAGAAACCCUAUGAAUGUAAACAAUGUGGUAAAGCCUUCAGUUACUAUAAUUCCUUACAAUCACACAGAAGAACUCAUACUGGAGAGAAACCCUAUGAAUGCAAGGAAUGUGGGAAGGCCCUCUCCCAUCACCAAACCUUAAAAAUACACAUGAGACUGCACACUGGAGAGAAACCCUAUGAAUGUAAACAAUGUGGUAAAGCCUUCAGAUAUUACCCUUCCUUUCACAAACACAAACAAAUUCAUACUGGAGGGAAACCCUUCGAAUGUGAACAAUGUGGUAAAGCCUUCAGUUAUUACAAUUCCUUACAGUCACAUGGAAGAACUCAUACUGGAGAGAAACCCUAUGAAUGCAAGGAAUGUGGGAAAGCCCUCUCCCAUCACCAGACCUUAAGAGUACACAUGAGACUGCACACUGGAGAGAAACCCUAUGAAUGUGAACAAUGUGGUAGAGCUUUCAGAUAUUACACUUCCUUCCAAAAGCACAAAAGAGUUCAUACUGAGAAGAAAUUCUGUGAAUAAGGAAUAUGGAAAAGCCUUUAGUUGAUCAACUUCACUUUGAAAACAUGAAAGAAGCCACACUGGAGAGAAAGCCUGUCAGUGUAAACAAGACGGGAAAGCCUUCAGAUAUUUUCAAAGCUUGAAAACACAUGAAAGGACUCCCAUAGAAGAGAAACCUUGUAAGCAAUGUGGUAAAUCCUGCAGCGAUUACACUUCAUUAGAAACGCGCAAAAGAGCUCAUAGUGAAGAGAAACCCUGUGACUGUAAGGAAUGUGGAAAAGCCUUCAGAUGUUAUCAGAGUUUUUUUUUUUUGAAGAUGUGCAAAAGAUCAGAGUGGAGGGAAUGUGGUAAACCCUUCAUUUGUCACAAACCAUUUGAAGACGUGUGAGAACACACACUGGAGAGACACCAUAUAAAUGUAAAGAAUGUUGGAAAGCCUUGUCAUCCCAGUUCUGAAAGGAUGAAAAGACUCACUGGACAAAAACUCUUGAGUUAAACAGCCUGGGAAAGAUUUCAGUGAGCCCACAUCUUUACAUGUGAAAAAGAAUAUAAAUGUAAGUAACAUGAGAAAGCUUGAUGGAAACUAAUCUAUGUAUAACAUUCCAGAAAAUAGGAAAGAGUUGUUAUUAAAGUUGUAAAUAUGUUGUCUUUAUCAAGCCUCUUUUCUUAGAGUGCACCAUUGGAUGGUGGAUUUCUAGUAAUUACUCUCAGAAAUGAAUACAAGGUGAGAUGAUUUUAUAAGUCAUAUGUUUCCAAGCAGUACAUAAGAUUAAUAGGUAGUGCUUUUUCUUUAAAUCAGUUAAUAAUAUUUUCUCUUUCCUGUUUGAAACCUGUUGGAUCAUAGGUGAAUUGAAGCGUAUUUCUAAUAAUGCAAUUAGGUUAACAUUGUUUUAUAAUGUUUUAUUUGUUCUGUGUUAAGGGGCCACUGAAAAAUGACAGUUUGGUAUUUGGAUUUUCCUAAUGGCCUUGUGGCAGUUCUUGGAUAUCCUAGUCCAGAAUAUAUAUUUAUCUUUCUUACCGACAAAGCUCCUUUUUGGGGGUGAAGAGUAUAAGAGCCUUUUUCCGUCUUCCAUACUAAUAAACAGUUGAAUAAAUAUUUAUGUAUGCCUCACUUAUAAAAGAAUAUAGUUUCCAUGUGAAUUAUUAUUUUCAUAUUUGGGUCUUCGCUUUAUGUCCUUCCUUCUGACUAUAAUUUGGUGAAUAGACUUUGAAUUAAGAAGAGAGGCCUGAUAGGACAACAAAAUCUAGAGCUGGAGUUAUUCCCUCUGUAGGUAAUGUUACGAACUAGAUUUUCCAGAACUCAUCCCUUUUGUGGUUCCUUGUUAGAAUCCACCAAUAGUCUGACUUGCAUGAGAUUUGGAAGGCAGUAGUCAGAUUUUACAUAUAGAGAGACAGAUGCACAGGAGCUUCAGGUAUACCAUCUUCCAGCCCAUUUUCCAUACUUUUUGCCCUUCCAGUCAAGAGUAUCCUCAAAACCACAAAUAACUGUAUGAUAUCAAUUUUUCUGAGAGCUCUGGUUUCAACUGAUGUCUUCCCAAGAUCCACAUCAAAAAUCCAGCUUCUCCAGGGUCUCUUGUCCACCAGGAAACUAAUCAGAUUGUCGUGAUUGGGAGUAUUCUUUGAUUCCCCUCUUCUCUAUAUUAUAUCCGUAUAAGGUCUGAUUUGUGUAGGAAACACCUUGUGCUGUUAACAGUCCUAGUGAGUAUGUUUUCUUGAUUCACCAUGACAUCUGCAAUGGUGUAAUCAAAAAGAAUGACAUGGGAGUUUUUUCUCUACUGCAGUGUUCACUGGCUGCCUUCACUUGGUCUUUCCACGUGACAAUAAGAACCUUUCUCCUGUCAGGAGACUGAGUUUUUCUUGUUUCUUGGAGCUCAAUGUAAUACCUCAGUGUUUUCAAUUUUGUUU